AGCUGUUAUCACGGUUGUUAACACUUCGGCGCAAUGAAGGUUCUUUUUUUGCCCAGUUAGUGUUUUGUUUUUAACACGAGUGUAAUCCUCCAUUUUAAAGCAAAACGUAAACGUUAAUUAAUGCAACCAGGUGUUCGGAUAUUAAAAGAUUGCGGCUACACGUUACUCACGGAUGCAUCGGAUAAUGGAAACAAAGAAAACUACUUAUCUCUAACAGAUAAAUAAACAGAAAAGAGUCUUCGAAGUAUGUCUCCGUCUUCGCUUUCGGCAGCUGUUAUUGCCUGGGAUGCAGAUUGUUUUUGCCACAAUUCUGAAAAUACGUUGUUAGGAUGGGAAGCCUUUGAGUCUGCUGGUGGUGCGGUUUUGACAUUACGUGAGAUGUGGUUUAGCCGAUCCAGGGAGCGCAGAGCUAAAUAGGUGCUUGCGUGCUUUACUGUAACCAAGGUAAUGCGCCUUUCUUCUGAAGAGUACUAUUAAAUUACAAGGGGGUUUCCUCCUCCUAGAGUGGGUAAAACACAGCUAGAUCGCGGGAAAAUGCAUAAAAAAAAUAACAAAAGGAGCGCGGUUUAAAAGGGGUUAUUACGACACAAUGCAGUCAAGUACCCACCCGUGAUUCACUGGUAAGGCUUUUGUUUUGGGGCUCAAAAGGUUGUUAAAUAAUUGAAAACAAAUCCAUUAAAUAACAAAAGGAUCAGAUUUCUGUUCCAACACCUGUCACGUCACGCGAGUUGUGGGUUGUAGCGUUGCCUUAAUGAAAAGGCUCUUACAUUUUGCGUGUGUUGGGAAGUUUAGCCUACGAAUUAGAUCAUAUGUAACCAGAACAUUUUUCACUCUGUUGUCUUUUCAUCCUCUCUGAUUCAUUCAGCACUGCCCUGGACUAUGAAAAGUGGCACUGAUGAAAGACUAUGCUUCAAGUACAAUGCUAUUACAGUAAAGAAAUCAGAUCCUACUGUUCAUAAUCCUCUCAGGACCCACUAAGCUUCAUUGUCUGGAGACAUCUGAAAUCGACCUGAAAUGAGUAUCGACAUGGAAGAAUUAUUGGAUUUUCUUCAGGAUCUUAACUUUACUGACCGGGAAGACAAUUUAUCCAGUAAGGUGAUCGAGACAGUAGUGUGCCCUAUCAGUUUCAACAAAAAUGCUGUCCUCUACACAAUGUCUAUCUUCUACAUCUUUGUUUUCAUCAUCGGCCUGGUGGCCAAUUCAGUGGUGGUGUGGGUGAACCUGCGUGCUGAGAGGAACCGCUAUGAGACCCACCUUUACAUCCUCAAUCUCGCCAUUGCAGACUUGUGUGUAGUGACCACCUUGCCCAUCUGGGUGAGCUCUCUGGUGCAGCACGGCCACUGGCCCUUUGGGGAGAUCAUGUGCAAGCUGACCCACCUCAUCUUCAGUGUCAACCUUUUUGGAAGCAUCUUCUUUCUCACCUGCAUGAGCGUGGACCGCUACCUCUCUGUGGUCCUCUUUGGAGACUCCAACAGCCGUCGGAAGAAGAUAGUGAGGAGGCUCAUCUGCAUCCUGGUGUGGCUGCUGGCCUUGGCUGCCUCCAUCCCCGACACCUACUUCCUUAAGACAGUGAAAUCAGGGCACAGUGAGAGCACCUUCUGCCGCCCAGUGUACCCUGAAGAAAGCCCAAAAGAGUGGGUGGUGGGCAUACAGAUGAGCUUCAUCAUUCUUGGUUUUGCCAUUCCUUUCCCUGUCAUUGCAGUCUUCUACAUCCUCCUGGCUGGGGCCAUCUCUUCCUCCACCGAUCAGGAAAGGAGGCUCAGCCGUAAGAUCAUUUUGACCUACAUUGUGGUCUUCCUGGUCUGCUGGCUGCCUUACCAUGUGGUGCUCCUGAUCGAUGCUCUCUCCCUGCUCAGCAUCCUUCCUUUCAGCUGUGAGCUUGAGAACUUUCUGUACGUGGCUUUGCAGUUCACUCAGUGCUUCUCACUCACGCAUUGCUGUGUCAACCCCGUCAUCUACAACUUCAUCAACCGAAACUACCGCUAUGACCUCAUGAAGGCCUUCAUCUUCAAGUACUCCACCAAAACAGGCCUGGCCAAGCUCAUCGAUGCCUCUAAAGUGUCUGAGACAGAGUACUCUGCUGUGGAAAACCAGGCUCAGUUGUUAGAGCUCCACACAGAAAGAAAACUUUGAAAAAAAAAAACUAAGAGUUUUGGACAUUAAACCUAAGCUUUAAGUAGACAGUAGUCUUGAACAGGAUAAGACAUGUAAAUUGCUAUGAAAUCCUGUGACCAAAUAUAUAUGCUUCUGCUAAAGCAAAAAAAAGCAUUGUUACAAACACUUGCGCCUUAAGCUUAAUAUGAAGCUUGACUUUCUCCACUUCCAGUAGUCUAUAUUUCUGCUUGUCCACUAGAUGUGGUAAAAAACUAUCACUACUGCAUAUUGAAAUGCUAGAAAGGCAAGGUCUUUACAAAGCACAGUGGCUUCAUGUAUUGUUGAAGUGCACAGGGGGACUGUACUAGUCUUGGGCUGUUUUCACAAUGUGGUUUCCAUUGUUCCUUUGACAAACCAACAUUCAGUGCCAUUCAGUGAGUGGCAUCCUAUUUGGAUGCGAAGGUUUGGAAGACAAAAUGUUUGUGGAGGUGCUCAUUCCAGUAUUCUCUUGCCUAGAGCUAUAAAAGAAAAGGCAGAGUGUGAGAGAGUCGGCAACCACACACACCAGAAGGGAAACAAACUAUGUGGUAUAUUAUUUUGUUGGUGCUGUGUGUAUACUUAGAAGGGAAAUACCUUUUGAGAUAAAUUAAGUAUUCAGAUUUGUUAUAUAUUUUGUAUAUAUUUUGACAUAUUUAUGUUCUUAUUGUAUGUAGUCUGUGAGGUUUUGUAAAACAUGCUUGUCAGUUCUCUGUAUUGCAGAAGUAGUGAGGAGAUGAUUUUAAGUUUGAAAAGUAUUUUAUUGUGUCUGUAAGAGGAAUGGAACGUAUUUUUUAGCAAGCUGUUGUGUAAUUAACAUUUUCUGGACUCUUUAAUGUUACACUAUAUGAGAGAAAAGCCACUAAAAUAAACGCUGUAUGAUUUAA